AUUAGCAAGAGCAAGCGGAAAAGGGGAAGCUAGCAUUUGCAGGGAUAUCUAGAUCUCUUGAGGAGAUAAGGGAUGGGUGUGGUAAAGGCCGCAGAGGGUGGUGCUGUAGUUGGGGAUAUUAUGAGGAGCUUCAAGGCCAUAAAGGAGAGGCUGCGCAAAUUACAACCCUCUCUUCCGCUUGACAAAAGCAGAAUUUUAGCAAUGCGGCUCAGUUCCACCAUCAAUGAAAAAUGGAGGUUCUGCAUAUUUGCUUUCUUCAUAGGCUACGUCUUUCUGCUUUACUGUCUGAAACAUGACCACCAAAGCGUAAAGCUUUCUGCUUAUGGAAACAUUGUCGUAACCAUGACCUCAUCCAAUAACUCAUACCGGCAUAUUCCAGCAAUUGACAUGGUCUACAGUGCUCCCGAAAACGUUGUCGAAACCAAGACAUCUUCCAAGGACUCAGACCGGCAUGAUCCAGCAAUUGACAUGGUUGACGCUGCUCCCGAAAACGUUGUCGAAACCAUGACAUCAUCCAACGACCAUAACAAUGUUUACGCUGCUCCCGGAAACAUUGCCAUAACCAUGAGGUCAUCCAUUGGCUCCGACAUGCAUCCAGCAGCUGAUGAUGACAUGCAAUUUCUGCUACCGUCAAAAGUAAGAGAACAUGGGAGGAAGAUAAUGAAGAAGGAAGAUAGGUGCAAUAUCUUCGAUGGGAAAUGGGUAUAUGAUCCAAAAUCACGUCCUCUGUAUCAUGGAUCACAGUGUCCAUUUCUUAGUGACCAAGUUAGUUGCCAAAGGAAUGGGAGGCCAGAUUCUGAAUACGAGAAAUGGAGAUGGGAAGCCAAGGGGUGUCAGAUUCCGAGGUUUAAUGGUACAAACAUGUUAGAGCGACUUAGAGAUAAGAGAGUGGUUAUAGUUGGGGACUCCAUUAACAGAAACCAUUGGGAGUCUCUUGUUUGCCUUCUUUACUCCGCUAUUCCUUCCUCACGAGCUGAAAUUGAUAUGGAUGUAAACUACAAGUCUUUCAGAUCUACGGAGUAUAAUUGUUCUGUGGAGUACUAUUGGAGCCCCUUUCUAGUGCAACUGAAGCAAAACCAAGAACUUGGUCGGGUUCUCACGCUAGACAAACUAUCAAACUGGGAAAGGAGUUGUCGUGGCGCUGAUGUUAUGAUAUUCAACUCUGGUCACUGGUGGCUUCACAAUGUCCAGAGGUGGGAAUUGUUUCAAUAUAGAGGAAAGCUUUGGGACAACAUGAAGAUUCGUUCAGCAUUUCUGAAGGCAAUGAAGACCUGGGCUCGUUGGAUUGAUCACAACGUAGAUAAGAGAAGUACAAAGAUAUUUUUUCGAGGCUUAACAGCACUACACUACGGUAGAGAGUGGUGUUACAAUCGAAAACAACCCAUUAAGGAUGAGUCCUUUCAAUUUCUCAAUCCAAUUGGAGACAUUGUGGAGAGUAUAAUUGGACGCAUGAGGACACCAGUAACGUACCUGAAUGUCACGAGACUAACUCAGUAUCGAAUAGAUGCACAUACAUCUGUUUAUACAAUAAGACAAGGGAAGCUUCUGACACCAAAGCAACGAAGAAAACCACAUUCCUAUGCUGAUUGCAGUCACUGGUGCUUGCCCGGAGUACCGGAUACAUGGAACAGUCUGCUGUAUGCAUCUAUGGUCAUGGACGACUCUAGUGACAGUACUUUUAGUAUUUAAUAUAUGGUCGUUUGCUGUUUUAUUGAUGUCUAUUUAAAUAAAUGCUGCCUAAAUUGAACUGCUUUGUAGAGCGUUCAGAACUCGUUCUGGCGCAAAUUUAGGACUCGUCUAUUUUUUUAGUGAUUUAGGUAUGUAAAUUUAAUUAUUGGAUUUUUGUA